UGUGAAUCUGCUGUUUUCUAACUUGGCAUGCAAUUUCUUUGGUUAACUGAUGUGUGUGUAUUCACAGAUGUAUAGUUUAGAUGUACAUAUAUUGUCUUGUGUUUAUAUCAGUUUUGACAGACUAAUGUAGCUUAUCUUAUGGUUUUAUCAGGUAAAAGAUGACUUAUCGAAGCAAGAGAGCAAGGGAAAUACUUGCUGCCACAGCUAAGUCGCAUGAUCCACUGUUAGCACAGUCACCAAUUACAAAUAUUGCACGUGAGUCAUCUGCUACUGAAGUUGUUUCACAACCCACCAAUAAACAAGCUAUUAAGUCACCACAGACUGAGGUACUUAAAGAUGACAAAUGGGGACCUUUUUCUCCACCCAUUACCACUAUAAAAUCUGACCAACAACCACCUAAUAGUUUAGGAUCCAUUUGGAAAAACCCUCCUGGUUCAACAUCGAGUUCAGUCAAAGAAGCAACUACAUCAGGUUAUCAGAAAAAAUAUCCAGCAAAAGUUUCAUCAAAAGUCUCACCUAAUAUCCCCCCUAACAUUCCACAAUCAAUUAGACCAGACUCAUCAUCGAACUCCCUUUCUACCUCUCAUAAACCUCUCGAGCAUGUUGUGAGACGAGGAAUUCAGAACCUUGAGAUUGGUGCUGUUAAAACUUCAGCAACAGCUCCACAAAAUAAUCAAGAACGACAAAACAGUGGAAAAGAAUCAGAAAAGAUCCCGAAACAAUCUAAGUCUUUACGACCAAAAGCACUUCCAAAUUGGCCUGCAGACAUAGAUUUUGACGACAAGGAGGAGGUUCUAACCAUAGAUGCCAAGGGUAAUACUACAUUAGUAAGUGGUAUUAUUCUGCCAAUUGACGUAUGGAGUAAUAACGGCGUCCAGUACUAUGUCGAAUUCAAUGAUUUAUGCCAGCCAAUUAGGAAGGGUGGACAUAUUUUGGUUAAAUUCAUUAGUAUGAUUGCGAAGAUGGAGUCACAUUGUCCAGUUGGGGAAAAAGAUUGGCAUGCAAUCGACAAGCAUUUUAAAGGGAAAAUAAUUAAAGACAUAAGAGACCGUUUUGUGAUUCCUCCUGGUGCGGAAUAUGACAACCAAGCUUUGAAGCGUGCCAAUAAAUGUUGGAGGCAGUUCAAAUAAUCUCUGAAACUGAUUUAUUACAAGCCAUUGGAGAAGAAAUUGGAUGAUAUUUGUAAUAAUGUGCCACAUGGAAUUACUAGUAGUAACUUGGUUAAGUUGGUAAAAUAUUGGGAUUCGCAUUACGGGAAAACUAUGUCAGCAUGCAGUAAAAAGGCACGAGCUUCUCAAAAUCAGAUUCAUACAUCUGGCUCUAAAAGUUUUGCAAACCAACAAGCUGAUUAUGGAUAUGAACAUGGACAAAAAAUGAGCUUGUUAGCGCUGUGGAUUAAAACCCAUACGGGUAAAGACGAAAGAUUUCUUUCUGACAUAGUCACUGAAGAUUUUGUGGUAUGGUUUUGUGACAUAUUUCUGGUAUCAUUUUGUGUAGAUUUUGCGGUGUGAUUUUGUGUUAUUUGUGGUCUUACAGUACUCCUAAAUGUUGGUAUAUGAUGAUGAUAAAGCUAAGGUUGAAGAGCUGAGGAUGAUGCAUCCUAAGAUGUCUGAACAAGAGCUCGAAGAUGAAGCAUUUCAGCAAACUAUGUAUGGUAAUGAGAUUCCCGAUCGUCCUGUGGGUUACGAAUUAGGGGUUAAAAAGGGGGACAUUUUCGGAGUACGUGGUGUGUUAAGGAAGGAAGGGUAUGGAAAAGUUCAAAAGAGGAAUAUUGUGAUGGAUAGUGUUAAAGAAGAAGUGAAUGCUUUGCAUAAAAAAAUGAUACACUAUCCCAAGAAAAUGAAAAGCUGAAAGACCGGGUCGGACACAACAAUCUUCUUCUUAAAGCGCUUGUUGGAAAAUUUUCUCAGAUUGUAGGUGCAGUUCGUCAAGGGAAUGCAUCUCCGAAUCUUUUAAACAAAGCAUCUGAGUUCUUAGAAAAGGCAAAGCAUCAGAUUGGAAAAGACAAUGUAGGUGCAACAAGAGAAUAGGCCGGAACACUUGAGCAUCAAAACAAGCGACUACAUCGUCUAUAACGCCAUCAUCUAUCUAUUUUGGUUUUUAGUCUUAGUUAUAUUAGCGAUGUAUUUAUUUAGGGACAAGCUACUAUAAUAUGCGACCUCUUUUUAAAAAAAAAUUAAUUGUGUUGAUGUUUUCGUUUAUAAAUUUGGUAAUUUAAUUAA